AUGGCACGAUUGGGAGAGGGAGACAAGCGGUGGAUCGUGGAGGACCGUCCCGACGGCGCCAAUGUCCACAAUUGGCACUGGGCGGAGACGGACUGCCUUGAAUGGUCAAGAAAUUACCUAACUACCCUUCUCUGCAAUGAACCCAUCCUUAAUGGAGAGGGAAAUUUCUAUAUCCGUAUCAAAGAUCUUGCAAAACUUGAGGGUGAGGCCUAUGUCAAUGUCAGAAAGGGUAAAAUUAUUCCUGGAUACGAGCUCCAUUUGGUUCUUUCUUAUGAGGCCCAGGCAAAGGAUUCUGAUGGCAGUUCUGUAUUACGUACUGAGGGAUCUGUUGAAGUGCCGUAUAUUUCGGACGAGAAUGCUGGGGAGGAUCCGGAGAUUAAAAUUUCGAUUAAAGACGAUGGGCCGUUUGGGAAACGAUUGAAAGAAGCAUUUGUCGAGAAGGGUAAGCCGUUUGUGUUCGAGAAAAUUAGGCAGUAUGUUGAUACAAUGGCGAAAGGCGGGCCUGCAAAGGAUGAUUUGGAGGUCAAGAAAGUCGCCCCUAAGAAACCCUCGGUGAGUAAUAGUAAUAAAACUGUGGAUAAUAAUUCUGCGAGCAGAACGAGUACUACAAAGGAAAAGCGGAAAGAAGGGUUUAAGACCAUAACAAUGAGUGAGAAGUUUAGCUGUCGAGCGAGGGAUUUGUACGAGAUAUUGAUGGAUGAGAAUAGGUGGAAGGGGUUUACACAGAGCAAUGCGCGGAUAAGUAAGGAGGUCGGAGGGGAAUUCAGUAUUUUUGACGGGUCAGUUACGGGGACCAAUGUCGAGCUGCAGGAAGGCAAGUUGAUUGUUCAGAAAUGGCGGUUUGGGAGCUGGCCUGAUGGCAUGGUGUCCACGGUUCGGCUUACUUUCGAUGAGCAUGAAUCUGGGGUGACAAUUGUCCAUCUCUCACAUACUGAUGUUCCUGAGGAAGACAGGUAUGGAAAUGCUACUGUUGUCGAAAAUACCGAAAGGGGAUGGCGCGAUCUUAUUUUCCACAAGAUCCGGGCAGUCUUUGGUUUUGGAAUAUGA